CGCAGUCUUUUUGACUCAAGGGGUGCUCAGGCUCAGCCCAUACCAGGUCGAAGGGAGUCCCAGGCAGAUGCAACAGUACGGCCAUGUUGAAGGUUUCGCUCAAGCCGCUGAAGGGCGAUACUUUCGUCGUUGAAGUCCAUGACGAUGCAACAGUAGAGGAGCUGAAGAAGAAUAUCGCGGAGGACAGGCCAGAGUUCGCGCCUCCGGAGCUGCAGAAGUUGAUCUACGCCGGGAAGGUACUCGCGGACGCGGAAACGGUCAAGGAGGCCUGUUCGCAGAAGGGCUCCGUCGUGAUCAUGCUGGCCAGGGCGCCCGCCAGCGGCGCCGCCUUGGAGGCCGGCGCGGCGCCCGCAGCGGCCGUGCGCGUGGCCGGGCUCGCGGGGGCCGCGGCGCCGAGCUACGCGCGGGAGACCGGCGGCGCGGCCGAGCAGGCCGAGGCCCUCGAAGACCGCGCGGAGGGGCCCGAGGACGGGCUCCCGCAGCUGCCCCGGCACCCCAGCGAUGGGGCCGUGCGGAACGUCGUGCUCGGCUCCGGCACCUGGCUGCGCCCGGUCCCUGGCUCCGCGGCCGCCCGGUACUGGUACCGCGUGACCGGCGAGGGCCGGCACCGCUUCGUCCUGGCCACCGCCG